ACUCUCCCUCACUCCGCUGUUGGACUCUUCUUGCUUCGGACUCUGACUGAAGGCAGAAAAUAUGAAAUAAGAUUUUACACAACAAAGUUUUCGGCGGCCGGAGCGUCGAUGCGAAGCUUCUGCAGAAACUCGCCGGUUUUGUUUCCUCUUUUCUUGGGGAAGAAAACAGAAAUCUGGGAGUCGCGCCAUGGUCUGUGUGGAGGAUCUGCUCAGUCCAGGACCAUGACCAGCGGCAGAUCCCGCUCUGCUCCUUCUCAAGGCGACCAAAUGACAUGAAGGAUUGAGGGUUUGAGGACACAGCACCCCCUGCUGGACUCCGGCUGCACCUGCAGGCCAUGGCCGAGCCCAGUUACUCCGACCUGAUCGCCAAACAUUACAACUACACCGGCAAGUUCCGCAAGUCGACCCAGCAGGACUCGGGUCUGAAGGCAGACUCGGUGAUCUUCAUCAUCGUCUGCUGCUUCAUCAUCAUGGAGAACAUCCUGGUCCUGACCACCAUCUGGAGGACCAAGAAGUUCCACAAACCAAUGUACUACUUCAUCGGGAACCUAGCGUUGUCCGACCUGCUGGCCGGCGUCGUCUACACCGCCAACAUCCUGCUGUCCGGCGCCAACACCUACAAGCUGACGCCGACGCAGUGGUUCUUCAGGGAGGGCAGCAUGUUCGUGGCGCUGGCGGCCUCCGUCUUCAGCCUGUUAGCCAUCGCCAUCGAGCGCCACCUCACCAUGCUGAAGAUGAAGCUGCACAACAACGGGAACACGUUCCGGGUUUUCCUGUUGAUCAGCACCGUGUGGAUGAUCGCGGCGGUGCUGGGCGGACUGCCCGUGAUGGGCUGGAACUGCAUCCGGAGCAUGCCGCAGUGCUCCACCGUGCUGCCGUUGUACCAUAAGACCUACAUCCUGUUCUGCACCACCGUCUUCAGCAUCAUCCUCAUGGCCAUUGUGGUGCUCUACGCCCGGAUCUACGCACUGGUGCGCACCCGCAGCCGCAAACUAGUCUUCCGCAAAGUCACCAACGGCCGAGGCAGCGCCAGCGCCAACAACAAGAGCUCGGAGAAGUCGAUGGCGCUCCUGAAGACCGUCAUCAUCGUCCUGAGCUGCUUCAUCGCCUGCUGGGCGCCGCUGUUCGUCCUGCUGCUGCUGGACGUGGCGUGUGAGACCCUGACCUGCCCCAUCCUCUACAAGGCCGAGUGGUUCCUGGCGCUCGCCGUCCUGAACUCCGCCAUGAACCCGCUCAUCUACACGCUGACCAGCAACGAGAUGCGCCGGGCCUUCCUCAAGACGCUGCUCUGCUGCACCGCCUGGAUCCGGCCCAAACCCAAGUUCACGGGACCGAUCAUGGGCGCGGAGUUCAGCCGCAGCAAGUCCGAUAACUCCUCACAUCCCAACAAGGAGGAGGCGGAGUACUCACCCAAGGAGACGACGGUGGUGUCGUCCGGGAACCUCACCUCGUCGUCAUAAACCCAGAGACUGGACGGGUCAGACUCAUUGGAUCGGAACUCUUUGGACUAAUGGAGACUCUUCAAACUGAUGAAACCCGAUUAGUGGAAAUCCACUCUGCAUGUAGCUCUUAAUGUCCGUAACUUUGAACCCAGUCCAAUGUGAACUGGUGUUGUGGAUGAAACAGAACAUUUUCCUGAAGAGAAGGCGACGGGAUACUGGAAGCACUGGGAAGGUUUAGACCAGCUCUAGAAGGGAAACGGGUUUUUUCUUUAACCAGACUUUAUUCUCACCCUUCUAGACCAACUAAAACUUGUAGCACUUAAAUACACUACUGCCAAUUAUUUAAGAGAUUAGUUCCUAUAAAAUGUCUCUCCUCAUCCACUGCACUUAAAGAAACACCAUAAUCUGGAGACCUGGGUGUGAAAUCUCUGUAUCAGGCUGAGGAAAAAAAUCUAAUUACCAGAAUAAAGUUGUACAACAGUAAGUAAAAAAACGAGAAUAAAUGAAUAUUACUGGAAAAAACCUUAUACAGCAAGUCAAAAAUACUAAAAUAAACUCAUUUCAAGAAAAACGUUUGUACAACAUAAAGUCAUAUUACGAGAAUUCAGUCGUAACAAGCCAAGAAAGAGUCACAAUAAUAAAGUCAUAAUAAUACAUAAAAAGUCAUAUUAUUGCAAGAAAAAAAUCUUACAAAAAUAAAGCCACUAUAAUAUGAGAAUAAAUUCAUAAUAUUACCAGAAUAAAGUUCGACAAACAGUCAUAGUAUGACUGUAAGAAUGAGAAAAAAUCUGAAUAAAACAAGAAAAAAAUACAAUAAAAGUUUUAAGAAAAAAGUCAUAUGGCAAAAAUCAUGAUAUUAUGAGAAUAAAGUCGUAAUAAUAUGAGAAUGAACUCAUAUUACCAGAAUUGUUAUUAUAUUUGUAGACUGAAGUAGUAAAUUUAUAACUCCUAUGAAAAAUAGUAAAAUAUAAUGAGGAAUAUUAGACAUAGGAAACUUAAUCUUUUAACACAUCAGUAUCAAAAUGUGCCAGAGAUGAAAUAAUUAAUUUGAAGAAACAUUCACAGACCAGACGAGCUGGUUGAAGUUUUACACUCAUUAAAUAACUUUUUUUAGUAAUUUUAUGUUUUUCUGGUAUUUUUGUGUCUUUAUUCUGCUAAUAUUAUGACUUUAUUCUUGUAAUAAUAAUAGUAAUAAUGAAAAUGAUUUAUUCUGGCCCCAUUUCUCCUUCAUAGAAGGAGGCUGUUUCCUGUUUGCUUUUUAAUCUCGUAAAUAGAGGAAAAAUAUCAACUUUUUAGCCAUUUUACACCAUUCAAGAACUAACGAGUUCAAAUAAGAAAAAACGGUUUAUUUGUAAAAAAAAAAAAAUGUAAAAAUUAAAAUAUA